CAAAGAACGCGAGCACACAAGUGAGGCUUCCGUUGUCAUUCUUCAGCUGGGGUUCGCACCGCGGCUUGGCGCUCCCAGGGAACAUUUCUCCUGAAACAACACCCAAUAUUUCCUGUACGAAUCUAAUUUGGAAAAAAAAUGUCUGAACCCAAGUACCGAGAAUGGAUCCUUGAAACAAUCGAUUCUCUGCGCUCCAGAAAAGCACGCCCGGAUCUGGAAAGGAUAUGUCGAAUGGUCCGAAGACGACACGGGUCAGACCCAGACCGAACCAGGACAGAACUGGAGAAACUGAUUCAACAACAGACCGUGCUCAAAGUUAGCUACAAGGGAUCUAUUUCCUAUCGAAACGCAGCGAAGGUGCAGAGAAAAAGCAGAAAAAAGACCGAGUUGGCGCCUGCCUGUAGCGCUGGCUCUGAGGAAUCCAGGGAGCGGACCCACCACCACAUCCUAAACAACGGCGAUAGUGCUCACAGCUUCACGGACCAGGAGGACGACUCGGAACCCAGCCUAGACCAACGACUCCAAACCCCGACCAACACAACAGAAAAUACAACCAGGGAGUCUUGCGAUCCCCGUAGCGGGAGCGUGUGCCUCAGUUGUGGUGCAACGACGGGCUGUGUCGGGAGCGGCUGUCAAAGGGAGAACGCGAGUGCACUGAAAGACCCGGGAUUAGGACAACACUUAAAGGCUGGCUGCCCUUCGCCUAGCCAUGACCACAUAGUGAACGCCACGGACUGUGAUAACGACACAAUAACACCACCCGAUGCCCAUCGGAAAGAGCCGGGUUCGUGCGGUGCCGCGGGGGGCAGCGGCGAAGCGGAGGACGCGAAGAAGGAAACUUGCCCCGUGCGUGCCGCCGCCGCCGACGAAGCCACUUCCAUUGAAACGCAGAAACCCCCGGUAGCCCUCAAGCCAGCUCAAGUCGGCCAGUCGGACCUGGGAGACAGACUGGUCUCAUCUGUCCGCAGCCUUUCUGAGAGAAACGUGCGAGCGUACUCUGGAGCGACGAGAGGCCAGAUCAAGCCACUCGGACUGAGAGAGAUCUUGGGCCACCUGAGCGGCCAGGAGUGGCUCUCUGAGGAGAAGUUGACCAGAGGCAGAGUCAAAGGGGUCCUCGAGAGGGAGAUCGCUAGAGGCCGGCUGCGCAGGACCCGCUGCGGGAACAUCACUCUUCCGUUGAGGGGGGUGAUGGUGCUGGAAAAUAUGACCACGGACCGACAUCUCAACCGCGUAGCGCAGGGCAGGAACAUUGUGGGGAAGGAGAAGGAUGUGGAGGAAGGUUGUGGAGAAAAGGAGGAGGAGGAGGAGGAAGAGGAGGAUCAAGACGAUCUCCAAAGUGCAGAGAAGGAGGAAGAAGUGAUAACCAAACCAGGCCUAGAAGAUGACGCUGAUAUCGAGUCACCGCCAGAAAACCCCCAACACCUGCAGCAGUAUUGUGGUGUGUCAGUUCAAGAUUCUCUGCCUAGGACGAGAUCACUUCCUGCAUGGGACGGCUUGCCCUCACACACGAGCAUUCAGCCAGGGGACAGCAUUGCCACAACCGAUACACUACAGAGAGAUGCACAUGAUCUGUCUCCACCUCCUCCUAUUCCCUGCCUGGAUCAGGUUGAGAUGCAAUUCCGUGCUUCUCCGAUCAUAAACAAUGUAGUGUGCAGGGGAGAAGUGGGCAUGCGCCAGGGUGUGUCAGAGGAACAAGGGAUGAACGGAGGAUUUGAUGACGGACUUCCCAUGAAGUCCGAGGGGCUUGGCAUGAGUCCCGUGGACUGGACUGUGUCCGAUGUGGCCAGUUAUUUUGCAGCAGUGGGGUUUCCUGAACAGGCAGUUGCCUUCAAGGCUCAGGAAAUUGACGGUAAGUCCCUUCUGCUGAUGCAGCGUAACGACGUACUGACUGGACUGUCCAUCAGGCUCGGCCCAGCAGUCAAGAUAUAUGAGCGUCACGUGAAAGCUUUGCAAAAAACACAUUUUGAAGAUGAUGACUGCUGACCUCAAAGGUCUGAGAAGCACAGAGCGAUGUAGAAUUUUUAGUCUUAGAGUUUAAGCUCUUACCAUGUGAAAAAAAUCACACAUUCAGAAUGUCUCAAACAAACAUUUAGAAUCAUCGCAUACAUUUAUUGUCAAAAUCACAUUGGUAACCCUGGCAAUGUCUGAAUGAGCACUUUACUGUUUCUAGACAUAUUUUAUACACAUUUUUAUUUAAAAAGGUACUGUUAUAUAUGUAUAAUUACCAGUGUACUGUGAGGAAACAAAUCAAACGUGUGUGUGUGUGGGCGCGUGUAUGCGCCAUUUGUAUGUGCGUACAUGCGUGUGUGUUUGUGUUUAUGUAAUAAACUCGUAGCAACAUCAUUGGAUUUUCCUACAACAUGUAGUAUUGCAAUACAUAUUCCAUGACACCUUAAAAACUUCAAUGUAGGUAAUAAGCUCUGCAGGUAUGCAGUUUUGUAGAGUUCAUUCCUCAACUGUAGUAAUGAGGUAACUAGCUUUAUACAGGCCAAAUGUCACGUAUUAGUAAUUUUAGUAGAUGGAUAGGGAAGGGUUAAACGUAGGCCUAAACCAUUCAAUUGUAAAGUAUGUUUCUUCCAACUGUCUCCAGAUAUGAUUUGACAUUUUGGCCUACUGCUUAAAUACAGCAUCACUGAAGUCCACCGAGAUAACAUACCGGCUAAUGACAAGCUGAACAUUACAUGAAAUUGUGCAAUGUAACACAAUACAAAUCAUGUAAAUAGACAUCCACAGUUUGAUAACCUACAUUUGUAAUGUUCCAAUAAUAUCCCCCUACCAGCGGGGUGAAGGUCCAGGUCACAAGUUAUAUAGCCAGAUCAUCACCCUUUUGAAUUGUGAAUGUGAUGUUUUUUAUCUGGAGAGAAGCUGUACAAACCAAAAUCAUAUGGUAGCCUUCUGUCACUAGACUACUGUCAUUGGAGAGCUAAAUCUUGCUCUUGAAUGUUCUCUCUCUCUUUACUUUUCUCUGGAAUCUUAAUUACAGCAGCUUUAAAACCAACAGUUUAGAUCUUACCUUCACUUCAUUGGUCCCAAUUUCGUUCCUUCGUGUUGUGAACAAAUGAUGAGCGUUCAGCAAAGCGCUGGAUGCUGUGAUGGACGGUCAUAAUGAAUUACGGACAAGGACAUAUAUCAGAUAGCUUAUGAGACGCUGAUAAUUAUUUUUUUCAUUUUGGAAUUGGAAUGUUUGUUAGGAUUCCAUUUUUUUUAGAACGUCAAACAAAGCUUUACUCUGAUGCGCCAACCAGGGUCAGAAUUUAAAUUAUUUAAACUUUACAUGCAGCGUCCAGGUGGAAAAUCGUAGCUCGUCUGACAUGCCCAAUGUGGCACUAAUGUUAGGAUAGGUUUCAAUGCUGUAGCCUACUCCAAUGCCCAGGAUGAGCCACCAGGGUCCUCCCGUUUAUUUUUUUUAAUAGCUGGAAAGUCCCAGUUCUCUUCGGUCACUGGGCUCUCCGGUUUAACCUGAGACGAGAGAGACGUAUGUUUUCAGUGUCCAUGGGGAUAACUCAUGGGGUCUUUUGU